AUUUUCUUCACCUUCACCAACUGCCUUCUCUCUCUCAUUUAUUUAUUAUGCUUAUAGAGAAGAAAAAGUGAUACAAAGUGAACACAACACAAGAGAAAAACAGAACAACAGUUAAAGAGAAAUUGAUGUGAGUGUAGACCAGAAUUGCUUACCUCACUGCCAUGGCUGGUCUUCAAAGAUCUGCAGUCUCCUUCAGAAGGCAGGGUUCUUCUGGCUUUGUUUGGGACGAUAGAUUCUUAUCAGAGGAAUUCAACAAACUCAACAACCAAAACCAAACCAACAACAUCGACGCCGAUCAGAUUAAAGACCUUCAACUUCAACCGCCGCCGCCCCUCCAGAGAACCCGCUCCAACGGCGGAACUCGCGCCUACCGCACCGGAAAAGUCUCGCCGGCGAUCGAACCCCCGUCUCCCAGACUCUCUGCAUGCGGCUUCUGCGCCGCGUUCGGAAAAGCACCACCACGGGACCACAACAAGCCACCGCGGACUAAACCCGCCAAGCAUCGGCCGAGGUAGACGACGGUGGUUUCAGGCGACAGAGAGAAUAUUCCGGCCAGGUUUCUUCUGUGAUGUAAUGUUUUUACUUUUAGGUUUGUAGGGUAGGGCCGGUUGAGUUGAAUUGAUCUUAAAUUAAGAAAAUAAUCAUGACUCAUCACUUUUCUGUUACUUCUCCUCUCUGAAUUUCAAUCUAUAAUUUUCUUCAAAUUUA